AUGGACAAGAACUUCAACACCUUAUGCCAUGCAUGUCGUACUGGUGACUUGGAAAGUGCGGAUCGUAUGAUCUCUACAGGUGUGGAUUUAAAUCAAGUGGAUAAAUUUGAUAACUCACCUCUUUUUUUAGCUAGUUUAUGUGGACAUGAAAAGGUGGUUAAACUACUCCUGCGGAGUGGCGCGUUAUGUGAUAGAGAUAGACAGGAAGGUGCUCGAUGCAUAUACGGUGCACUAACAGACUCUAUACGAGAUAUUUUGUUAAGUUAUGAUAUCUCCAAGGCUACUGAUAUGAAUCAACCGUUUGCAAUGCAUUUGUCGUCGUUGCUUGUUGCACCGGCAAUCGUCACCUAUGAUAUGGAACUCAACGUGGCGCAAGGCCAUUUACCAGCCCACAAAUUCAUGCUUCAAGCGCGGUGCCCCAUUCUAAAUGAUAACAGGGGCUACGACGUUCAAGAAAUGUUUGGAAAUUGGUUUGACUUAGACGUUGAUGUGCGAGCCUCCCAUGUUUUAGAGCUUUUUCUAAAGUUUAUAUACUUGGUUCCUAUACUCCAUACGAUCACAGCGGAAGAUUACGAUUAUCUGAUAAAAAUAGCACAAAAGUUGGAGAUGAAUAUGUUUGCUGAGUUCAUGAAUAAAGUCCGACAUGUUGCCGAUCCCUCGGAAAAGUCAAGUAUGAUGAUAUCUUACCAGCAUAAAUUUACCAAUCUGGCAAAAGAACAACUGAAGCAUUUUGUCGACAAAUACAUUAUUGACAGUGCAGUUCUUCUUACCGGAGAAGAAAAAAGUAUCAAAGAGAUAUCCAGCUGCUCAUUCUCACAACACACCUAUCCCGACGUAUUGCUAUCUGUGAAGAAUCAUGAAAACGAGCUCAAAAUUUACCCAUGCCACUUAGCUGUAUUGAUGAGGGCAGAUUAUUUCAAGGUUAUAUUUACUGAUAAGUUUUCUGAAACUGUGGCAUAUCAGGAAAGUAAAGAAAACCGGGGAGAUGGCUGUCCUUACCCAAUAUUGGAACUGCCGACGUUCGAUCUUUUUGUGGUUGAAAUUAUGCUGCGCUACCUAUACUUCGACGAAGCAAAUAUACCGUGGCAAUAUGCUAUGGAAGUCAUCAAACUGGGUGAUUUCAUAUUGGCAGAUCGGUUAAAGUCAAUGGCGGCCACCGUUGUGACACAAUCACCUAAAGUGCUAGAGAGAUACACAAUCUUUCAGAUCCUGUAUUUUGCCUGGGAAACCCGACUAGAGAGGUUGGAGCACUUUGCAGCGAAACAAGUGGCAGGUGAAAUCAGGGCUCUAAAGAGGAGUAAAAGUUUUCGCGAGGCUAUUGUAAAAAGUGCCCAAAGAAUAUCAUCCCGUGAGGAAACAGACACCAUAGAAUUUGUGGAUGAUAUCAGGUUCUAUCUGCUGGAGAAAUAUAGGCUUGAAUCAGAUGAUAUCUGGUUUUUAGAGGAAGAGACAGAUCAACAAUUUUUGAAAGAAAGUGGCCUUUUGGAUUAUCAGUACGAUGUCUCUUUGCUAAACGACAUUCUUCAAGAACUUGGAUUGGAGGCAUAA